UCCAAGAGUGACCGAGUCUCGCCAAUAUCAACGAAGAUCGAUAUCGUUUACAAGUAUAUAUAUAUCUCUAUCUAGCUACAACCAAACCAUUCGUGCAUAUUCAUUGCAAUUCAUUCCAUGCAAUCAGCCGAAAUGGUCGAGCCGGUCGAGGUGCAACUCUGCAGCGACCUCGUUCAGCUUCUCCAUCUCCCGAGUGACUACUGCUGCUCCUGCUGCAACUACUCCCCUUCUAAGAGGCCGGCCGCCGCGGCCGCGGUGUUCGAAGCGGGCCCGAGGAAGAUCGCGAGGAGGAGACCAUUGAGGCUGCUGAUUCCGGAGCCUCCUCCCAGUGCCGCUGCAGUCGUCUCCGGCUUUGCUAAUUGUGAUAAGGAGGUUGUUCAUAAUGAGUUUGAAGUCGAAGGGAAGGGGUUCAGUUUGGCAUGGAGGAAAGGGCAGAAUAAACAUGUGAUGGAGGAUGGAUACGAAGUCAUUGGUAACAUUAAUGAUGAUCCAACACAGGCAUUUUUUGGUGUAUUUGAUGGACAUGGUGGCCGUGCAGCCGUUGACUUUGUCUCCCAAAAUCUAGGGAAGAACAUUGUGUCAGCUCUUGAGGAAGAAGUAAACCAACCAGAUUUGGCAAUUAAAGCAGGAUAUUUGACUACUGACAAGGAUUUUAUUACACAGGGUGUCAAGAGUGGAGUCUGUGUGGCCACUGUUUUAUUGAAGAAUGGUGAGCUACAUGUUGCAAAUGUGGGGGAUUGUAGGGUUGUUCUAAGCCACAAGGGAGUCGCGAAAGCCCUAACGGCCGACCACCGUGCCGGGAGAGAGGACGAAAGGGAAAGGAUCGAAAACUUGGGUGGAUAUAUUACUUGCCGAAAUGGAGUGUGGAGGGUCCAAGAUUCAUUAGCCGUGUCGCGAGCAAUUGGCGAUGCGAACAUGAAGGAGUGGAUAAUCUCUGAACCCGAAGUGAACAAAAUUAGAUCGACACCGGAGUGCGAGUUUCUAAUAGUGGCCUCAGAUGGUUUAUGGGAUAAGGUUGGUAAUCAAGAAGCAAUAGAUGUUGUUUCGAAGCAUUUCGACUCCGUAAAGGCAUGCAAAGAUCUUAUUAAGUUAUCUUGUAGUAGGGGUAGCAAGGAUGACAUUACCGUCAUGGUGGUGAACCUUCAACAAUUUAUACAAAUGAGAAAUGUUUCUAACUUGAGUCAAGUUGAGAAAGGUGUUGCCUUGUAUGCAAGGUCAAGCACAGAAACCAAGACCAAAGCCAAGAUUGAACUAGAAAGUGAGACUGACUCAGACCCAACAAAUGAAGAGGAACUUGUCAACAUGGGACAUCUCAAAAAGGAAUGCCCUAACCAGAACGAAGAACAUCCCAAAUCAAGAAGGAAGAAUGCCCUCAAAACGACGUGGGACGAGUCAUCCUCCGAGGAAUCCGAUGCAGAAGAACUAAAGCACUCAAGCCAUCUUGCCUUUAUGGCAAGAAACGAAGAUUCUGAUUCCAAUUUUGAGGAAGAGUACGAGUCCGAUGUUGGUACCCCAAGGUUGUUUUGA